CUAAUUUCUUAUAAACUCGAUACAAGAAAAUAUUGGUUCUUUUGCUUUGCUAAGAUUCUAUUGCAUUUAGGUCUUGAGGGUUUGACCGCGAAACCGCCCAAAAUGUCAGCCAUCUUGUUUUUGUGAACCGUAGGUCAACGGUUGAAGUAUCACACGCGGCGGGACCCGAACCUGUACCGAUAUUUUUAUCUGUGAUUUUUAGCAUUUUGUUAAGUUCAAGAUGCCAUCUAGAAGGAAGAAUACCGCUCCUCAAAGAUUGCCAGCAUUACAAGAUGAGGAAAUUGAAGAGGCGUGGCCGACUGACCCCGCCCUUCUUGCACAAUACAUAACAGAGCACCCGCUUACCGAGUUUUACUCUGCCCCAUCUUUGCCCAAGUUUUUCAUGGAGCAGCUCCAGGAUGCUAAAAAGACCUCAAAAGAGGAAGGCAUUGAGAUAUACCAUUGCAAAGCUUGUAAUAAUAAGAAGUAUAAAACUUUAAGUGGUUUACGAUACCACGUGCAGCAAAGUUGUGACCAAGUACCAAGGAGAGCUUAUACUUGUUUGUUAUGCACCUUUCAACAUCAGGAAGAAAGGAAUAUUGAAUAUCAUAUACAAGAACAUCAUGUUGAAAAAUACCUUCCACCAAAAAACGAUGAGAAAUAUCAGCGUCGAGCUUCAAAACUUGGUCGGAUGAAGGUCCUCCUGUACGAAGAGAGCAGCUCGGCAGCUGACGUCAUCGAUAAGGAGGCGGGAUCUGAGUACGAAGAGGAGGAGACUGUGGAAGAGGAGACAGUAGAGGAAUUUGAGGGGGAAGAGGAAGACGAGAUCUUGAGUAAUAUCAAGGUCAAGACAGCAACAAAGUCCACAAGAACUCCAAGGAAAUCAAGGAGAAAAGUCACGCCAAAGAUUAGCAGAUUGACGUACACAACGCUUGGUAAACCUUUGAGUAACGCGUUCGGUUGGACGUAUUCAAAACGACGGAUGCUUGAAAAAAAGUUCCCACAUGUGUUUCCCAACUGGACAGCACAAUUUACUUUGGGGGAUUUGGACACGACUGAAGAUAUAAGCAACUUUGGGUUGCGUAAGACUUCACCUGCAUUUGCAAUCGACCGAAAUACUUUAAACAAAAUUUCCGCUCCAAAAAAUUCUAACGAUUCAAGUUUAGAAUUUAAAAAACUAAACUGUUUUGCGUCUGUGGUGAAUGACGGAAUACAAAGUGCCACAAUGUUCACUGGUGGUCCAGUAUGGAGCAUGGCUUGGUGUCCUUUCCCAUGUGAUGUCACAUCCCAUCAGUACCUUGCCUUGAGCACAAACAUUGGUGAACAUUAUAUGGACCCAAAGUUCACAUACAAAGAUAGAGCUAUGAUUCAGAUUUGGGACUGUGGAGAAAUGCCAUUGAAAUUGAAAAAGAAGACUUCCAUGACACAUCCAUGUUUUUCCCUUGGAUUGACACUGGAUGUGGGGCCAAUAUGGGACAUGAAAUGGUGUCCUUAUGGUGGCCACGUGUCAUCUACUCUAACAGGUGGUAGAUUGGGUUUAUUAGCAGUGGCGUGCGCUUCUGGAGAUGUUUAUAUUAUUUCUAUCCCUCACCUGCAAGGACGAGAUCAAAUAUUGAAUGGCAACACUGUGAAUGGGAACACUGGAAAGCAUCCAAUAUUUAAAACACGACCUGUUAUCAAGUUAUGUCCGGUACGGGGCGAAUCUCGGCCGUUCGGACAAACAUUUUCCCUCACGUGGUCGACUAACGAUGGGUGUGGAUUCGUUGCUGCUGGGUUUGCAUCAGGACACGUAGCCGUGUGGGAUUUAAGGUCGGCUUCAUCUCUUCUGCUGGGGGAGGUGGAUGAAUAUACAAAGGUGUUAUACGCAUGUCACUCGUUCCGCGCGCACAACAAACCACUUCGAGGCAUCGUGUGGUGUCCGUUCGAUUCCAAUAUCCUUGUUACCGGGGGAAACGAUCGGAUGUUGAAGUUGUGGGAUAGAAGAAGAACGGAUGCUCCUUUGCAUGAAAACAAUGUAACUAAAUGCAGUUUCACGUCUGAAAUGGAAUGGCCAAUAAAUUACAAUGGUAUCUACACUGCUACCAACAAUGCAUUCUCUAUUCCUCAUUUCCACAGUUGUUUGUAUGUUAAGUUGAACGUUCAGUCAGAUGCUCUGCCCCCAAUCAACAAUGUGUUCCCAAAUAAGGCCACCUCGUGGACAGUGACAUCUAGUGACUGGUUAAACUGUGUUGGGGGAGGGGACGUGACGGGGUUGGCCAUGAUUCAUAUCAGUAAUAACUGGAACCGCGGUAACAUAUAUGUUAAGAAGGUUUCAAGGAUGUUGUUGUUCCAAUGUGAUGUCAUAGAUGAUGAAGUGACAUCACAGGAGGUCACAGAUAAUGAAAGUAAGGAUGGUGAAGAUUACAAACUAGUUUUCCGUGAUGCAGACACAAACACUGACCUCAGCAAAGCUAACAAGCUUGAAUCCUACAAGAGAUUGAGGACAUAUGAUUGCUUCAAGGAUGACAAUUUCAAGCCCAAUUAUCCAGCCAUCUUAAAAAUGAGAUGGAAUCCGAACAUUACCUCGUACACUAGCAUUGCUACAGCUACCAACUCUGGCCUGGUUCGAAUACAAACAGUUGAAGGUUUGGUUUCAAAAGAAGUGGAAACAGCUCAGCAAGAAGCGAUCUCGCAAGAUGUUUAAUGUUAUUUUCACAUUUUCUUUUCUAUCAUUUCGUAAAUAAAAUUAAAACGCUUUUAAA